UUAUCUCUAUUAUGUAAUCGGAAAUUUGUUACACAUGUAAUUGUUUUUAUCAAAAUGGCUGCUAGAUUUGUUGAAGGAGGUUUCAGGCUCUUGGCAGUGGCGUCUGGAAUCGGAACAUUGGUGGCUGGCUGCUUCACUGCCAAUCGUCUGAUCACUAUCCUACAAACUGUGGUUCCUGUCACAACACCAUCAGAACUUAUCAAUGCAGUCAACCCCAAUGUGAUAACGUACACCCAAGCAUCAGCGGGCCUGGCCAUUGGUAUUGGAUUAUUGAGCAUCUUCCUAUUGUGUUCCAUUGUGCUGAGAAUCGGCAAGUUCAAAGCUGGAAAAGUUGGGAAAGGUUUUCUACUUGUGGAUAUUUUAGUCAUUUUCCUUUGUCUGGUUGGGUUGGGAACUGGUGGUGUGAUCGGUGCUCUAGGAGCGGAUAUAUGGACCAAAAACUUUAUUGACCCGAUUAACUCUCUCCUGCCAGUACGGUUCCUCAUUGACCCCAUCAUCCAAAUAAGAGAUGCAUUGGCUGCCACAGCUGCUGUGUCUCUGUUUACCUGUCUACUGUUCGUUGUGUUGGAGGUGUGGAUGGUCAUCUUCACUGCUAAGCACUGGAGCAAUCAACAGUACACCUGAGAACCUGUAACUUAAUUUGUAGAGCUUUGCUCUGAUGCAAUAAUCAAACGGACCAAAAGUUUAUAAUGUUAAUUUGUAAUUUGUACUGUGAUUUUUAGCCUUAUUGAAAGACUGAUUUUUUGAUAGUUUUUUGGCUAACAUGCAUUGGCACCAUUCAUGCACAA